UUCUGCUGGUGCCUUCCGGUCGCCAUGGCGACGGGGCGCCUGGGGGUCGGAGAGACGCUAGGGGCCCUCAACACCGCCCUGGGGCCUGGCGACCCCGUGUGGUUCAAGGAGACGCGCGCCCGCCACCUGCGUGCCCGAGACUUUCUGGCGCCGCGGCCCGCAUUACAAGCUCGCUUCGGGGACGGACAGGUGCCCGAGCGUGUGGUCCGUGCAGUCGCCGGCCUGCAGGGCCCCGGCGUGGCCCCGGUGCUGCGCUGCACGUCGACCCCCGCGGGUCUAGCGCUCCAGCUGCAGCGGCCCGCCGUCUUCGAGCGCGUGCUCGGCGCCGUGGCCGCCUAUGUCGCGCCCGCCGCGCCCGCCGCGCCCGCCGCGCCGGGCCCGCGCAUCCUCCUCCACUGCCCGGCGCUGCGCAGCGCCCCCGGCGCGCUCCGCCUGAGCCAGCUGCGCGCCGUGCUCGUGGCCGAUCAUUUGGCGCGAACUCUGCGCGCUCACGGGGAGAGUGUGCGCCUCGUCCCCGCCGUGCGAGACCCGCACAUGCCGACCUUCCUGCAGCAACUGCGCGUGGACUGGCCCGCUGCUUCGGAGAGAGCCGCCACCGAAGCCCUGAGGAACCGCGCGCUUGCAGAGCUUAGCCCUGCCCAGGAGCGGGGAGCCCUGCCCCGCGGCGUCCUGGGCACAGUGUGCCUGAAGGAGCUGGUGCAAGAACGGGGACGCGCAGCUGGCUAUGACCCCAACCUGGACAAGUGUCUGGUGACUGAGGAUCUGCUCUCGGUGCUAGCCGAGCUGCAGGAGGCUGCGCGCUGCUGGCCAGGGGACAGCCCUCCAUCCCUGGCUGCGGCCCCAGAUGCUAACGCAGACCGCUGCAUGGUUGUGCACGUGGUGAGCUGUGAGGAGGAGUUCCAGCAACAAAAGGUGGACCUGCUUUGGCGGAAGCUGGAUGACCAGGCUCCGCUCACACAGAAGCACCUGGUCUGUGGCCCAGUGAAAGUGGCUGGUGCACCCAGCACCCUCACCGCCCCUGAGUACUACGAGCUCCGGCACGCCCAGGUGUGCAAGGCGUCGGCAGUGAAGCACGGCAGGGACCUGGCACGAGACCCAGCCUGGACAGAGGUCUUCAGCGUUCUCUCCGUGGCGACCAUCAAGUUUGAGAUGCUCAGCACAGCCCCGCACGGUCAGCUUCUCCUGGCCCUGGCCGACAGCAGCAUUUCCACAAAGGGCACCAAGAGCGGCACCUUCGUCAUGUAUAACUGUGCCCGUCUUGCCACACUGUUUGAAGGGUACAGGCACAGCAUGGAACAAGGUCUGUACCCCACUUUUCCACCUGUGAGCAGUCUCGAUUUCUCAGUGCUACAGGAUGAGGGUGAGUGGCUCCUGCUCUUCAAUGGCAUCCUCCCCUUCCCAGACCUGCUGAGCCAGACAGCAGCCCUGGCAUGCACAGCCCCAGGGCUGCACACGACCGCACGCACAGAGACGAUGUGCAAGUUCCUGGUACAGCUCAGCAUGGAUUUCAGCUCCUACUAUAACCGCAUACACAUCCUAGGGGUAAGUGCACAGCAAAACGGGGUGGGGGGUUGCGGGGGUGCAAGGGAAGCAAAGGACGAGACCAGCAGGCCCUUCCUCUCCAACAGGCACCUCGACCACACCUGUUUGGUCAAAUGUUUGCCCGUCUCCAGCUUCUGCGGGCCGUGCGUGAAGUGCUUCACACCGGCCUAGCCACGCUGGGCCUCCCUCCGCUGAACCAUAUCUAAGGCCACAGAGACCCCAAAUAUCUAGGAAUGUUUACAGAGUCAUCACCUGAAAAAAAGAUACACAGAUUUUGUUAGGGACCUGAAACCAAAAAUAAACUACUUCUAUUAUAAAGCCUGGUCCUAUUAUACGCAGUAGGGCAUAUUUUUGG